UUUGUUUGUUUGUAUUUUAUUUUCUUUUCUAUUUUGUGUGCUAGAGAUGUCUUGGCUGUGGAGGUUGGUCAGUGGGCCUCAGCUGUACCGAGUGUAUAACGCCGGAGAAGUUAGGGGUUCAGAAUAUGAAGGCAAUGUUGCUGAGAGGUUUGCAAACAGUGUGAUUAAAUGGAUGGGAUUUUGUGGCAAUGUAUGUUAUUGGUCAUCUCCUGUGGUCUUCAUUGUAUUAUAUAGAAAAGGUUUCUUUAUGUUUGAAAAUCUUCCAACUACUUUUUCCUAUGUCUCAAGUAUAACAGUUCUCCUAGUACUUGCUCACAUCAUUAGAGCAUUUGGGCGAGCCAUCAAUGAUGAGUAUUGCACAUUUUUAAAUGAAUUCUUCACAUUCAAAACUUCACCUUCAACUGAAAACAAGGAAAAAUUAAGAAAAUAUGAUUGUAGUUUUUCGGAAUGGCCGGUUGAAUAUGUAGCAUCUAAAUAUAGGAAAGAUAAUAUUAAUUCGUCUUUGAUACAAACAACAAAAACAUCAUUUAUUCUUAAUGCUUUGAGCUACGUAUGUGUCAGAACAUUCGGCAUACGACUUUUGUACCCUGGAUGCUGCUCAAUUCUGCAGACUCUAAUGGGCCCUGCGUUGACUGAUGGAAGGGAAAAACUGGUUAAAAAAUACCUAGGUCGUAGGACAAAGAUUAGAUCUUCUGAUGCUAACGAUGUUGACUGCAUGUUCGUUGACAGACGAAUCACACAUUCUGACAAAGGGAGCACAUUAAGCAGUCGAGUUCCUUCAUUGAAAGCAAUCAAAUUGCAGGUGAUUGUCUCAGAAGGGAAUGCAGGGUUCUACGAAAUUGGAUGCAUGAGCACCCCUCUUGAUGCCGGUUACUCUGUGCUGGGAUGGAAUCACCCAGGCUUUUCUGGCAGCACGGGCUUACCUCUACCAGAUCAAGAACAAAAUGCGAUAGAUGCCGUCAUGCAAUAUUCAAUAAAUGUGCUAGGUUUCCAACCACCAGACAUAAUCCUCUUCGCAUGGUCCAUUGGUGGCUACACUGCCUCGUGGGCGGCCAUGAAUUACCCUGAUGUCAAAUGUGUGAUAUUGGAUGCCACAUUCGACCACAUUCUGCCACUCGCCAGGGCUCGCAUGCCUCCAAGCUGGAGCGUCCUGAUUAAUUUGGUCAUUCCUAAUCAUCUCAAUUUGAACAAUGCUGAGCUGCUGUGCAACUAUCCAGGCAAACUUGCAAUCAUUCGCAGAACAAAAGACGAGAUGAUCUCAAUUUCGGACAGCAACAUGUUGGCCAGCAACAGAGGGAAUGUCCUCUUGCAGCGUAUCUUGAGCUACAGAUAUCCAAACUUAAUAGACACACACACAGAAGAUUCCUUGGAAAGAUGGUUUUCAGCGGAUAAAAAUGAACAAAAUGUCAUUUGGAAAUCAUUAGACAUAUCUGAAGAAAUUUGUUUGGAGGCAUUCAAACAGGAUGAACCAAUCGCUUUUCCAUCGCCAAUAGGUGAAGAACUGACAUCAGUUGAAAAAGAGAAACUUGUCAUAUUUCUUGUGCGCAAGUACAUAAGUGACUUCGAUUCAACACACUGCACUCCACUGCCGAGUUCCUACUUUCGAGAACCUAAGUAUCUCUUGUAAUAGAUUCGUCAUCUUUGUUUGCAUUUUUUGUAACAUUUGCUUAAGCGUUAGCUGAUGGUGACGCGUUAAUUUUAGAUUUCGUAAGUUUUUAUUAGAUGUUUAAACUUUAAAGCAAGAAUUGUUUUGACGAUGCGUGAACGUUGUUUUAUAUAACGUAAACUUCAUCGGCAACUUCAUAUUGUCAUUAUCAAAACUUAUUUUUGUCUUACCUAAUCAUAAUUUUAUCAUUUUAACCAGUUAACGUUGUAAGCUGGAAAAAUUGCUUUGUCGUGUAUCCUAACAUUUUUUUUAUUACAAAUAAAUAGUUCUAAAUG